AUACACAGAAACGCAUUGAAUCAUUAGCUUUUCUAUCCAUUGUAUCUCGAACGCACACAUGGAAGAGGAAACACUGCCGUUAAAAUGGGAGGGAAAAACCUCUGCACAACUCCCAACCGCAAGGGCACAUGAAGUAUGGCCUUUCUUGGAGGACUUCUGCAACAUACACAAGUGCUUUCGUGUUGACAUUUGUUACCAUGUCGAUGGGAUCCCUGGCCAGCCUGGCCUGAUCCGCUGCUGCGCCUCCACGGUACCAUCAUCAUCAGGCGGCCAAGAGGAAUCGGCGACCAUUUGGGCCAAAGAGAAGCUGCUGCUGAUUGAUCCCAUCAAACGGUGUUUGAGCUACGAGGUUAUUGAUAAUAACAUCGGCUUGAAGUCAUACGUCGCGACGAUGAGAGUAUUGCCAAUCCAUGAUGAUGAAGGCGAACGUGGGUGCAAGAUCGAGUGGUCAUUCCUGUGUGAUCCGGUACAAGGGCAGGGAUUUGAAGAGUUUAGCUCUUAUAUCCAGUCUUCUCUUCAGUUCAUGGUAAAGAAGAUUGAAGAUGCCCUCCAACCCGCAACCUGAAAUAUGGCUCUAGAUGUAUGCUAUUAUUUAUAAUAUUAUUUUUCGAUUUCCUGCUGUGCUUUUGUAUUACAUCUGAUAUUAAACCGCAUGUAAUCAUGUUUUGAAAUCUUGACAUUGGAGCCUAUUAGUUUGAGAUCCUAAUAAAACAUUUGGAGGUUGCGUAGAAAA